AUGCCUGGUUUCUCAACGCCGGCUAGUGCUGGGGCUCAGGCCUCUAGCCCCAAUAGGCCUAUGAUACAAGCCAGGUCGAGUGCCGAUUCACCAUUUGAAUAUGAGGUAUACCCUACCGGGCUCGCAACCAGCAGUGAUUCAAGAGAAGACAGUGGAUUUUCGAGAUCGGCUUCCUUUUCUGCUCGGUUUAGGCAGGCAGGGGGGGUCAACAGCAUUGAUAACUUUGCUCGGUCAUGGCAACGAGCUGCAUGCUUUCCAGAAGUCUUACCUCGGCGAUCCUCGUUUGUCGCAGACUCCGACGAAGAAUGGGCUGUUGCAAGAAGCGAUUAUCUCAGAUCCCAAGAUUACCCUACCCACGAUGCCGAUCUUACACGACCAUUGUUGAGUACCGAUGGAGAAGCAGAAGACAGUGUUUUGUCUGGCCAAUUGUUGAGAAAGAGGGCUUCACAUGCAGACAUCCUUGAACCACCGCUUGCGGGUUCGUAUGGCACGAUAUCUUCCCGUGUUAGCGAAGUCACACGAAGGCAUGCAAUACAGCUACAUAGGGAGCAACAAACUCUUGGCGACGCAUCAGUGGAUCACGAUAGGGAGCCCAUUCUUGUAAAACAAGUGCAACAUGACGAUGGGACAAGGGAAUGUGUUGUUGUUGGUCAAUCUACUGUCCCACAGACGAUCUUCAAUUCCGUCAAUGUUUUGAUUGGGGUUGGCCUCUUAAGCCUGCCGCUGGCUUUGAAGCAUGCUGGUUGGCUUCUUGGCCUGCUAUUUUUACUCUUUGCUGCUGUGACGACGUCUUACACUGCUAAGAUCCUUGCCAAAUGCCUUGACGUUGAUCGGAGUAUUGUCACUUAUGCUGAUCUAGCAUAUAUCAGUUUCGGUCAUCACGCACGCUUAGUGACAAGCCUUCUAUUUUGCUUAGAACUUAUUGGGGCCUGUGUUGCCCUGGUAGUGCUUUUUGCAGACAGUCUACAGGCUCUCAUCCCGGGGUUGAGCCUUCUCCAAUGGAAAAUAAUAUGUGGGCUCUUGCUUGUUCCCCUGAACUUUCUACCCUUGCGAUUUCUCAGUGUGACAAGUAUCCUCGGUAUACUCUCUUGUACUUCCAUUGUUGUUAUUGCUUGUAUCGAUGGAUUCAUGAAACCGACUGCGCCUGGGUCACUCCGUGAGCCUGCCAGAACAUAUUUACUGCCAGACAACUGGGCUACUCUACCCCUGAGUUUUGGGCUUAUAAUGUCACCAUGGGGUGGCCACGGCGUAUUCCCGAAUAUAUACCGGGACAUGCGCCAUCCACAAAAGUAUGGAAAGAGUCUCUGGGUGACAUAUCUUUUUACUUAUUCCCUCGAUUGUACAAUGGCUGUUGUGGGCUGGAUGAUGUUUGGAGAUGGAGUUCGGGAUGAAGUCACUGCGAACAUCCUACGCACAGAAGAAUACUCGCAAGUUCUAUCUAUCUGCAUGAUCGUAUUCAUCGCCAUCAUUCCGAUCACUAAAGUGCCACUGAACUGCCGGCCACUCGUGGCCACGGUCGAAGUUCUCUGUGGACUUGGGCCACAUCCCGAGCUUCAGACAAAUCCCAAGAGCACGAAAGCCAUGCUCCAGACAUUGGCAAAGGCAUUAGUACGCAUACUUGUCGUGGUCACCAUUGUUUUCAUGGCAGUCCUUUUCCCCUCUUUUGACAGAAUCAUGGCACUGAUGGGGUCGGCCUUAUGCUUCACGAUCUGCAUCAUACUGCCUCUUGCAUUCUAUCUGAAGAUAUUCGGCGAUGAGAUCAGCCCAAGGGAACGAGCACUGGACUGGUGCCUUCUGAUAUCAUCUUCAGUGUUGGCACUGAUUGGGACUGCAUGGUCAUUCCUACCGCAGGAUGUCAUCUCUGCACUGUGA